AUGGCGACGGCUAUGAGGUUAUCGUCCGCGGUGCGGAAUGCGUCGAUGGCGAGGUCGGCGGCCGCUUGGAAGGUUGGCACCGUUUCUGGUGCGCGGUUCUACUCUGCGAAGAGCGCGACCUUGAAAGAGACAUUCGCGGCGCAGAUCCCGGGCCAGAUCGAGAAGAUCAAGAAGUUAAAAAAAGAACAUGGCAGCAAGGUCAUCGGUGAAGUAACUUUGGACCAAGCCUACGGUGGUGCUCGCGGCAUCAAGUCCCUGGUCUGGGAGGGUUCAGUCCUCGAUUCUGAGGAGGGCAUCCGCUUCCGCGGCAAGACCAUCCCUGACUGCCAGGAACUCCUUCCCAAAGGCCCUGGCGGCAACGAGCCCCUCCCCGAAGGUCUCUUCUGGCUCCUCCUGACCGGCGAGGUCCCCACCGAGCAACAAGUCCGCGAGCUCUCCGCCGAAUGGGCCGCCCGUUCCGCGGUCCCCAAGUUCGUCGAGGAGCUGCUCGACCGCUGCCCGAACACCCUGCACCCGAUGGCGCAGUUCUCGCUCGCCGUCACCGCGCUCGAGCACGAGAGCUCCUUCGCCAAGGCAUACGCCAAGGGCAUCCACAAGUCGCAGUACUGGGAGCACACCUUCGAAGACAGCAUGGACCUGAUCGCCAAGCUGCCGACCAUCGCGGCGCGCAUCUACCGCAACGUGUACCACGACGGCAAGGUCGCCGAGACGCAGAAAGACAAGGACUACUCCUACAACCUCGCCAACCAGCUCGGGUUCGCCGAGAACGGUGAUUUCGUCGAGCUGAUGCGCCUCUACCUCACCAUCCACUCCGACCACGAGGGCGGCAACGUCUCCGCGCACGCCACCCACCUCGUCGGCAGCGCCCUGUCCUCCCCCAUGCUCUCCCUCGCCGCCGGGCUUAACGGCCUCGCCGGCCCGCUGCACGGCCUCGCCAACCAGGAAGUCCUCGGCUGGCUCACGCAGAUGAAGGAGGCCAUCGGCAACGAUCUCUCCGACGCCUCCAUCAAGGACUACCUCUGGUCCACCCUCAAAGCCGGCCGCGUCGUCCCUGGCUACGGCCACGCCGUCCUCCGCAAGACCGACCCGCGCUACGUCUCGCAGCGCGAGUUCGCCCAGAAGCACCUCCCCGACGACCCGAUGUUCAAGCUCGUCUCGCAGGUGUACAAGAUCGCGCCGGGCGUGUUGACCGAGCACGGGAAGACCAAGAACCCGUGGCCGAACGUCGACGCCCACUCGGGCGUGCUGCUGCAGUACUACGGGCUCACGCAGCAGAAUUUCUACACCGUAUUGUUCGGUGUGAGCAGGGCGCUGGGCGUGUUGCCGCAGUUGAUCAUUGAUCGCGCGGUUGGAUCGCCGAUUGAGAGGCCGAAGAGCUUGGAUACGCUGUCGUAUGCGAAGUUGGUGGGCGCGAAGUUGUAA